GUGAGUCCGCGGUUCUCGUGGCCGUGGGUUCGAACGCACGAUAUGACAACUCUUGUUGCAAUGAUAUUGAUUACUGCAGUCAUUAUGUAAUAAAUUCAAUGUUGUUUGGAAAUUAUCCGGUGAGAGAUGACAUUCGCACGCUAGGUAAGGAGCAUUGAAAACAGUACGACGAGGAGUUACAUAUUGUUAUUGCGUACUUGAUCGGCAGAGCGAACGGUUUAUCACAUGACGGUGAGAGGUUAAAGGUCCUUGAGAUGAACCGAGAUUGAGUCUCUAUUUUUGCGAACUGUGAUAGUGUUUAAUUUCGUGAGAUGAUGACAGUUUAUUAAUAACGAAAAAUUUCGGGGGAUUGUCAGUGCUGAUGGGAUCCGAGUCAUUUAGAGUUGAAGAUAUUUUUUUGGAGCGAUUUUUCGAGGAAUGCAGGUUGAUCAUUGACAAUGUUGAUUCUAAAAUCAUCCAAAGAACUCCAUGUAUUCCCAAAUUUGUUGAGAACAAAUCCCUGGAGACACUCCCGAUACAAAGCACUGGACCCUUUUAGGCAUGUGCAUACAGCUUCAGUUCUCCCCAUCGAUCUCCACCGCAAAUACAGUGUAAAUAGUCCGAAAAAUGGGUUGAAUUACCAUCAAAAAAGAUCGCUGAGUCUGGCAGCGAGAAUAGUUGACCUCUCGCCUCCAAAGAUCCAACCGUACAUGAAGCUCAUGAGGAUUGACAAGCCGAUAGGGUCUUGGUUGCUGUUCUGGCCCUGCAGCUGGAGCAUCGCCAUGGCAGCAGCCCCAGGGUGCCUCCCAGACCCUCACAUGCUGGCUCUCUUCGGCCUGGGGGCCUUCGUCAUGCGAGGGGCUGGCUGCACCAUCAAUGACAUGUGGGAUCAGGACAUUGAUAAGAAGGUAGCCAGAACAAAAAAUCGACCCCUGGUUGCUGGUGAAGUGACGCAGUUCCAGUCCUUCGUUUUCCUUGGGGGACAACUCAGUGUCGGACUUGCUAUUCUACUUCAGCUGAAUUGGUACAGCGUUCUUCUUGGAGCUAGUUCGUUAGGUUUAGUAAUAAUUUAUCCGCUCAUGAAAAGAGUGACGUACUGGCCUCAGUUGAUCCUCGGUAUGACUUUCAACUGGGGCGCACUGUUGGGAUGGUCAGCGAUACAAGGUUCUUGUGACUGGUCCAUCUGCUUGCCACUGUAUACUGCUGGAAUAUGCUGGACUAUUCUCUACGAUACUAUUUAUGCCCAUCAGGAUAAAGUCGAUGAUAUCCUCCUGGGAAUCAAAUCCACAGCACUAAAAUUUGGCGAUAAAACGAAUUUGUAUUUAUCUGGAUUCGGAGCAUCGAUGAUAGGUAGUUUAAUCGCAUCUGGCGUAAUGUCCGAUCAAACGUGGCCAUAUUACACAGCUGUUACCCUAGUUGCUGGACACUUGGUGAACCAGAUAUCAACGUUGGAAAUAAACAAUCCCAAAGACUGUGCCAGGAAGUUCAUCUCCAACAGCACGAUAGGAUUGAUUUUAUUCGCAGGAAUAGUAUUAGGAAAUCUAGUGAAAAAACCUAGGGAAAAUCAGUUGACCGAGAUGAUUGCAGAAUGAACCAAAGACCGUUGUACAGAUUGAUUGAGUCAAUUUUAAUCACUCCAAAUGAAUCAAUAUUGUGACAUAUUUCAAACUAUUGGAGAUGUAGAUUCUAUAUUGUAGAACGUAUUCAUUUCUAUGUAUUUUGUGGCAAGGAGGAGACAUUUAUUUCACUGAAAUAUAGAGGAGGUUGGGGUAAAACGGACACCUUUGACUUUUUUUAAAAUGUUAAUGAGAG